GAGUGGCAACCUCCCCUCUUCUAUCUCCACGUUCUCAAGCCUGUUCUCAAAAGCAAACAACAGACUGGACUCGUUCUUUCUACAAGGAACCACUGUGGCCUCUCAAUCCCUUCACCCCCCACAAUUCUCUGGCUUUCCUUCACCUGUCACCCGGAAGAUCGAAACCUCAAAUUCCCUUGGCCUUCCCUCUCUGUGAACCCAUCACAGAGGGAUGCCGGCUUCCCUCUUGCCCUCUACUUCCCACCCUCCCUCCCCAAAUGCAGCCACCCCGAUCUCCUUCCCUGAUUCUGCCUUCGUCUCUGCUUUCUUGAAGUUUGUUCACUGUACCCAAAAAAACUCAUUUUUCUCUCUCUCUUUUGUGAAGAUAAACAGCAGGAAGAGAGAUGGCAUCCCUUGGAUCUCUUCGUUUCCUCCUCGAAUUGUCGAGUGGGAGUAAUUCUGUUCUCUUUCAGAACAGAGCCGUCUGCCGUGGCAGGCCGUCCUCUGCCGCAUUUUGUCGAGCGAGUCCUGCUGAUUUCGAUGGAAGUGCUCGUAAAGUGAGGUUUCCGAGGGUCAGAAGAGGCGAGAUUUUGGUGGGUCCUUCGUUAGUUGGUGGAGAGAAAGGGAAGAAGGGUUUGCACGCCAUUGGAAAAGGUGGCAGCUUUGAGGGUGAGGAGGGCGGGGAUGAUGGGGGAAUAAAUGAUGGUGAUGAUGCCCUUCAGGCAGCCGUCGAUAAGAGCGAGAAGGUUCGGGCAAUGCAGAAGGAGCUGCUUCAGAAGCUGUUGCAGGUUGUGGAAAGAAGAAAUCUUGACUCGUCUCUAAUAAAUAGUGAAGUUAGAGCAGAAGAGGAUAUGGUUUCUUAUGCUAAGAGUGAUGAAACCUCAAAUCUGAAUCUAAGUCCAAGCAGUGGAUGGCCUACUGGAAGAUACAAGGGCAGUAUUGUUGCUGACAGUUUUUCCCAAUCAAGUGAAGCUAUGAUAUCAGAGACUCCACCUGGUAGUGCCAAUGGAACUUUUCUUAAUAAAGAGAUGGAAUCUGGUAGUAACACAGAAGUGGAACGAGCAUUUGCAGCUGGUAUUGGAUUAACCAGAGAAGCUGAUCCGGAAGCAGCUGCGUCUAAGACUGCAUCACAAGUUCUCUCAGCAUCCUCGGAAACAUAUGAUGCAAAAGAUGUAAUUCUUGAGGACCCAUUGGGAGCAAAGCUAGACAAUACAGAUGCAGAAGAUGAUGUAGAUUCUGAGGAAGGAAACAUGGAUGCCCCUCCCUUGGCUGGGGCAAAUGUCAUGAAUGUCGUAGUGGUAGCAGCAGAAUGUGCCCCUUGGUCUAAAACAGGUGGACUUGGGGAUGUUGCUGGAGCUUUGCCAAAGGCUUUGGCCAGAAGAGGCCAUCGAGUUAUGGUUGUGGCACCGAGGUAUGGUAACUAUGCUGAAGCUCAGGACAUAGGAGUUCGCAAACGCUACAAGGUCAAUGGGCAGGAUUUGGAAGUAAUUUACUUUCAUGCCUACAUUGAUGGUGUGGAUUUUGUGUUCAUUGAUAAUAACCUUUUUCAUCACCACCAGCAUAACAUUUAUGGGGGAGUCCGGCUGGAGGUACUAAAACGGAUGGUUUUGUUCUGCAGGGCAGCUGUAGAGGUUCCUUGGCAUGUUCCAUGUGGUGGUGUCUGCUAUGGAGAUGGGAAUUUGGCUUUCAUUGCAAAUGAUUGGCACACUGCACUCUUACCAGUUUAUCUGAAGGCAUACUAUCGUGACAAUGGCUUGAUGAAAUUUGCCCGAUCUGUUCUGGUGAUACACAACAUAGCCCACCAGGGUCGUGGUCCUGUAGAAGAUUUCUUCCAUAUAGAUUUGCCGGAUUACUACAUGGACCUUUUUAAACUGCAUGACCCAAUUGGAGGUGAUCACUUCAAUAUAUUUGCUGCUGGCUUGAAGACUGCCGACCGUGUGGUUACUGUUAGCCACGGUUAUGCAUGGGAGCUGAAAACAUCAGAAGGUGGUUGGGGCCUGCAUGAGAUCAUCAACCAUAACCACUGGAAAUUCCAAGGCAUUGUCAAUGGGAUUGAUACAAAAGAAUGGAAUCCUGAGUUCGACGUACACCUUAAAUCUGAUGGCUACACUAACUAUUCAUUGGAAACUCUACAGGCAGGAAAGCCCCAGUGCAAGGCUGCCCUGCAGCGAGAGCUUGGCCUGCCUGUCCGUGAUGAUGUUCCCAUCCUUGCUUUCAUUGGGAGGCUAGACCAGCAGAAAGGCGUGGACCUCAUUGCAGAGGCCAUCCCUUGGAUUGUUGGUCAGGAUGUGCAGUUAGUUAUGUUGGGCACUGGGAGGCCAGACCUCGAGGAUAUGCUGCGGAGAUUUGAGAGUCAGUACUGUGACAAGGUCAGGGGAUGGGUAGGGUUCUCAGUGAAGACGGCACACCGAAUUACAGCAGGUGCAGACAUUUUGCUUAUGCCAUCAAGGUUUGAGCCUUGUGGGCUCAACCAGCUGUAUGCUAUGAUGUAUGGUACAAUUCCAGUGGCACAUGCCGUCGGUGGCCUUAGAGACACUGUCAUACAGUUUGAUCCUUACAAGGAGAGUGGCUAUGGUUGGACCUUUGAUCGGGCAGAGGCACACAAACUGAUCGAUGCAUUGGGUAACUGUUUGAACACGUAUUGGAAUUAUAAGGAAAGUUGGAGAGGACUUCAAACUCGAGGGAUGAUGCAAGACCUUAGCUGGGAUAAUGCCGCUCAACACUACGAGGAAGUCCUUGUUGCUGCAAAGUAUCAGUGGUGAUUCUUCAGAACAUCUUAGCAGAUUGGUCAGGAGUGAUAUUUCAUUCUGCAGCCAUUGGAGCUCUGAAUUUCAGCCGUUUGAGGCUACUGGCAGCACACAGCUACAAGAGAUUAUUCCAUAGUCCUGAGUCAUCAGGUCCUAAUUUUCUUUCACGUAGGGAGGACAAAGUAUUGCUGCCGUUCUGAUGUAGUCUAUUAUUUUCUCUAGCGUUGUUAAUUUAGUCGAGUUCUUCUUAAUGAUAUUGUACUGGAGAAUUUGUUCAGUAGAUGGUAAGAACCACUGCCUACCCUCCUCUCUGGACUAAGUUUUGAAGUGAAUCAUCUCAAUAAAACAUGGAGUCUGUAUGCUCUGUUUAUCAACAUGAAAAAUUACCUUUGCUUUC